AUGAGGUUUUUCUAUGCUUCUGGUGCUUGUAUCUACCCUGAAUUUAAGCAAUUGGAAACUAACCCUCAAGAUGCUUAUGGAUUAGAGAAGCCUGCAACAGAGGAGUUGUGCAAGCACUACACAAAAGGUUUUGGCAUAGAGGGCCGUAUUGGAAGGUUCCAUAACAUUUAUGGUCCUUUUGGAACAUGGAAUGGUAAGCUUUUGAUUGUAGUGGUGGGAGAGAGUAGGCCCCAUGCAGCUGCGUUUGGUAGAAAGACUCUCAUUUCAACUGAUAAGUUUGAGAUGUGGGGAGAUGGACUUCAGACCAGAUCCUUCACCUUCAUUGAUGAAUGUGUAGAAGGUGUACUUAGAUUGACAAAGUCGAACUUCCGUGAGCCUGUGAAUAUUGGAAGUGAUGAGAUGGUUAGCAUGAAUGAGAUGGCUGAGAUUGUUCUUAGCUUUGAGAACAAGAAGCUCCCUAUCCACCACAUUCCUGGCCCAGAGGGAGUCCGUGGUCGUAACUCAGACAACACACUUAUCAAAGAGAAACUUGGUUGGGCUCCGACAAUGAAGUUGAAGGAUGGCCUGAGAUUUACCUACUUUUGGAUCAAGGAACAGAUUGAGAAAGAGAAGGCUCAGGGUGUUGACCUGGCUGUUUAUGGAUCAUCAAAGGUGGUUGGAACCCAAGCUCCAGUUCAACUAGGCUCACUUCGUGCUGCUGACGGCAAGGAGGCCAUAUAGCUCAUUAAGUUGCACUGAGAAAAGCCAUGUUUUAUUUAAGUUUUGGUUAUGAUUGAAUAGAAAAUUAUCUAUGGUUCAGGAAAAGUAUUUGAGUUGAGCUAUUAUAUCGAUCUCCUGUUUGUUGUAUGUAUAAGGGAAGCUUUUAUGCUCCCAAUGGAAGCUUUUUGAGGCUGGUAUGUUGGCCUUAAUAGCAGGUUGUCUCCAUGGCCCUUCUGGAGCUAGGCGAUGAUCUGUACCUUUUUAGGAGAUAAAUUUGCGUCCAAGUCCUGUAAUAAUACAUUCGUAUUUUGCUUGUUUGCGUUUAAAAGUACUUGUUAUUCGCAUUUUAGAUAUUAA